AGGAGCGAGCCGCGCGCGCCCGAGGCCACGUGACCCGAAGCCGCGGGGGCGCGCCUGAGCCGCCAUGUCGGAGGCGCGUGGAGAGCCAGGGUCCGGGCCUGAGGCUGGCGCCCGAUUCUUCUGCACUGCGGGUCGCGGCCUGGAGCCGUUCCUGAUGCGGGAGGUGCGGGCGCGGCUGGCGGCCACGCAGGUUGAAUAUAUUUCAGGAAAGGUUUUUUUCACCACCUGUUCUGAUUUGAAUAUGUUGAAGAAAUUAAAAUCUGCAGAAAGAUUAUUUUUGCUGAUUAAAAAGCAGUUUCCACUUAUUAUUUCUUCUGUAAGUAAAGGAAAAAUAUUUAAUGAAAUGCAAAGACUUAUAAAUGAAGAUCCAGGAAGUUGGUUGAAUGCCAUUUCAAUUUGGAAAAAUCUUCUUGAACUUGAUGCAAAAAAGGAAAAACUUUCUCAGAGAGAUGAUAACCAACUAAAAAGAAAAGUGGGAGAAAAUGAAAUCAUUGCAAAGAAAUUAAAAAUAGAACAAAUGCAAAAGAUAGAAGAGAAUAGGGACUGCCAGCUGGAAAAACAAAUAAAAGAAGAAACUCUGGAGCAAAGAGAUUUUACCACUAAAAGCGAAAAGUUUCAAGAAGAAGAAUUUCAGAAUGACAUAGAGAAAGCAAUUGAUACUCAUAAUCAGAAUGACUUGACUUUCAGAGUAUCUUGUCGCUGCAGCGGAACUAUUGGAAAGGCCUUCGCUGCACAGGAGGUAGGAAAAGUAAUCGGAAUUGCUAUUAUGAAACACUUUGGAUGGAAAGCAGACUUGAGGAAUCCACAAUUAGAGAUCUUUAUACAUCUAAAUGACAUUUACUCUGUGGUGGGGAUUCCUGUGUUCAGGGUUUCCCUAGCCAGCAGAGCUUACAUCAAGACAGCUGGACUGCGAUCUACAAUAGCGUGGGCAAUGGCAUCUCUAGCUGACAUUAAGGCUGGUGCAUUUGUUUUAGAUCCAAUGUGUGGCCUUGGAACAAUACUUUUGGAAGCUGCUAAAGAAUGGCCAGAUGUGUAUUAUGUAGGUGCUGAUGUCAGCGACUCACAGUUACUAGGUACUUGGGACAAUCUGAAAGCUGCAGGCCUUGAGGAUAAAAUUGAAUUACUUAAAAUCUCUGUUAUAGAAUUGCCAUUGCCUUCAGAAAGUGUUGAUAUUAUUAUUUCUGACAUUCCAUUUGGGAAAAAGUUUAAGUUAGGAAAAGACAUCAAAAGCAUUCUACAAGAAAUGGAAAGAGUGCUUCAUGUUGGCGGAACCAUUGUAUUGUUGCUUAGUGAAGAUCACCACAGGCGCCUUACAGAUUGUAAAGAGAGCAGCAUCCCUUUCAAUUCCAAGGACAGUCACACAGAUGAACCUGGAAUUAAAAAGUGCUUGAAUCCUGAAGAAAAAACUGGUGCAUUCAAGACAGUGUCAACUUCAUUCGAAGCCAGUAACCACAAAUUCUUAGACAGAAUGUCACCAUUUGGCUCCUUGGUACCAGUGGAAUGCUACAAAGUUAGCCUUGGAAAGACAGAUGCGUUCAUAUGUAAAUAUAAGAAGUCGCACUCUUCUGGACUGUAGCAGGCUUGCUGCCAUCAGCCGGGUUCAGGCCCUUGUAAGUUAGCUGUACAGCAGAAGUUUGCUAUCUCUAGGAUUCAUAUAGCACCCACAGAGCUCCAAGUAACCAAAUUCCCCCAAAGACAGGAGGUGUGGCUGAUGGGUACACGUGCUUGGUAAGAGUUUCUGCUUUAUAUUCUCAAGUACUUAAUGUUUUUGACAGAAAAGUUACCGAAUAUUUUUUAGACUUAAGUUUUAUCUUCUGUCAGAAUGUGAAAAGUUCUGCCCAGUUUCUGAGCAAAAACUUCAAUUUCAAAAUAAAGGUUUUCAGGGGUUCACUUAAGUGUAUCACAGUCAACACCAGACGGGAUAUUUUAACUAUCAGAUUUUUGGAAAUGUAAAAAGCUUUAUAUGUAACUUCUUUUGAUAUUAAACUUGAUGUUUGAGCCUGUAA